AUGCAUAAUUACCUCUUUCGCUGCUUCAUAAUCUCCGCCGUGAUGGUGGCGGCUCUGCUCAUCCCCGCCGUUAACGCUGGAGAAAACGAGUUCAGCUGGAUGGGUGUAAAACCACAGUGCAGUGGAUCACUAGCAGAUUGCAUCGACGGAGGUGAAUUUGAAAUGGAUUCUGAAAUCAAUCGGCGCAUUCUAGCAACCACCAAGUACAUUAGCUAUGGCGCUCUGCAAGCCAAUAAUGUGCCGUGCUCGAGGAGAGGCGCGUCGUACUACAACUGCCGUCCAGGUGCUGAAGCUAACCCCUAUAACCGGGGUUGCUCCGCCGUCACGCAGUGCCGGAGUUAG